CAUACUUGUCCAGCCAGAAGUUAUUACAGUGCAUAUCCAAGCAGCACUUCCAAUUGCUGGGCCUCUGUUUCAAAGCGCUGUGGUGCGGGCUCGGAUGUGAAGAAAGUGUGAUUGCAAGAGCGCAUGGCUGAGGGAUACAGGCUGGGCGUCGAUGUGGGCGGCACCUUCACCGACGUCUGUGUCAUCACGCCCGCAGGCGAAGCUAUCCGCGCCAAAGUACCCACCAACACCGCCGACCAGUCCGUCGGCGUGCAGGAUGGCGUCGAUCAGGUGCGCCGCGUGCUGGAGGCCCGGUUUGGCUGGAAAGGCAGGUUCGAGUAUGUGCAUCACGGGACCACGACGGGGACGAAUGCCGUGCUCGAGGGGAAGGGCGCGAAGGUCGGGCUGGUCGUUACCAAGGGCCACAAGGACAUCUUGAUGGUCCGCAGGAGUCAGAUUCCAGGCGGGCUCGGCGCGUGGAUCAACUAUGUGCAGCCCGAGCCGCUGGUGCCGCUGGAGCGCACGGUGGAGGCGAAAGAGCGCGUGACGAUCAACGGCGAGGUGUUUGUGGAGCUGGACGAGCGCGAGUUCAGGGAGAGUCUGCGGGAUCUCAAGCGCCAGCGGCCGCAGGCGAUUGCCGUGUCGCUGCUGAAUUCGUUCAGCAACAAUGUGCACGAGGAGAAGAUCCGCGGGAUUCUGCGCGACGAGUUUGGGCCCGACGUUGAGAUCGUCACGUCGACGGAUGUGCUGCCGGAAAUCCAGGAGUAUGAGCGGACCGUCACCACCGCGGCCAACGCGAUCGUCAAGCCGGUGGUGAAGACGUAUAUGAAGAACCUCCAGAAGAAACUGGCAAAGGACACAGACACCCUCCGUAUCCUCAAGUCAGACGGCGAUCUGACGUCCGUCGACCUUGCAGGCGAGGCCCCGGUGCGCAUUCUCAUGAGCGGGCCGGCGGGCGGCGUGAAAGCCGUCUCGCACCUUGUCGCCAAAGACACCCCCUACAAGAACCUCAUCACGUUCGACAUGGGCGGCACAAGCACCGACUGUGCCUUAUUAUCCGGCAGCGAAGCCAUCAUCCGGCGCGAGACAGAAGUCGGGUCCCUCACCGUCCGCGCGCCAUCCGUCGACGUCAAGACCGUGGGCGCCGGCGGCGGGUCGAUAGCCAUCUACAACGAGUUCACCAAGAACUUCCGCGUCGGGCCUGAGUCGAGUGGCGCCACACCCGGGCCCGCGGCAUACGGCCGAGGCGGGACGCAGGCCACAGUGACAGACGCGAAUCUCACUCUGGGCUAUCUGCCGUCGAAGCUACUCGGCGGCAAGUUCGAGCUCGAUGUCGCUGCGUCGGCGGCCGCUGUUGGUGCGAUUGCGGCGCAGAUGGGCAUGGACUCGAUAUCUGCGGCGGAGGGCAUUAUCAAUUUGGUGAACGAGUCCAUGCACGGCGCUCUGCGGCUGGUGUCCAUCGAGCAAGGCUACGAUCCUCGUGACUUUGCUCUUGUCGCGCUGGGCGGGGCAGGGCCGAUGCACGCAAAUUCACUGGGUAAGCUGCUGGAUUCCUGGCCAGUCAUUGUCCCGCCGAGUCCAGGUGUGCUGUGCGCGCAAGGCGACGCUAUCACGAAGAUGUCGCAUGAGUCGAGCUGCACAUACAUCAAGAUAUUCUCAGAGAUCGAGACUGAGGAUCUCACAAAGACUCUGGAUGGUCUGAAGAGUAGCUGCGUGCAGACGAUGAAAGAGUCGCUCGCAGACGAACACGCCAGUUUGAGGAUUGUAUACCAGUCCGAUAUGCGGUAUCAGGGCCAAGCUAUGACGCUCACAGUAGACUUCAGCGAAGACGAUGCACGAGAUGCUUCGCACCUCCUGGAGCAUCUUCGCGCAAAAUUUAACAAAGCCCACGAGCACCAGUUUGCCUUCUCGCACGCGAAUGUCGAGCUUGAGAUCAUGCGCCUCCGCGUCAGAGUCACCGAUGCAUCUGAGGAAGUGGCAAUCAAACCUGUUGGGAAAGCAGCAUCGUCGACGCCGCCUCAGGACGCUGUCGUAAGCAAACAGAGCAUCAUAUACGAAGGCAAGAAGGUCGAGGCCACAUUCUGGGACCGAGAGAAGAUCACAAAAGCUGGCAUCAAGAUCGCCGGACCCGCUGUUAUUACAGAGAUGGACUCGAACACGUUGAUCUUGCCUGGGUAUUUCGGCGAGAUAGACAACAUGGGCAAUAUCCUGAUCUGGCCCGAGAAACAGACGGUGCGCGAGAAAAAGAUACACACGAAGGAAUCUGCGGCGAGACUCGUGCAGGAACAGCCUCUGUUGCCUACCCUUGUUGGGUCGGCCCUCGCUUCGAUUCGUCGCGAGAUGGAUACGCUGAUGCUGCGAUGCGCGAUGAGUCCGGCUAUUAGAGAGCAACAAGACGAGUUCAACGUCAUUACAAACACCCGCGGGCAGAUGCUUGUCGGCCAGUUUGGAAGCUUCAUCCAGCAGUUCCUGAACGGCUGGUCAGGCUCGAUCGAGGAGGGAGAUGUCUUUGUGACGAAUGAUGUGUACCAGAUCGAUGGAGCUGUGUCGCAUCUGAACGAUGUCAUCAUUCUGGUUCCUAUACACUAUGAACACCGACUCGUUGGCUGGGCGGCCAACUUUGGUCAUCUAACUGAUGUGCAGGGGAAAGUGCCGGGGUCGAUGAGUAUCAACGCCAGCACGAUCUUUGAGGACGGCUUGCAAAUACCCAUCGUCAAGCUCUACGAGAGGGGCGUAUACAACGAAGCACUGGCAACGGUGCUCUUCCGCAACUCGCGUAUGCCAAACUGGUUCCAGAGCGAUCUGACAGCACUCGUGACAGCGUGUAGAACCGCAGCUACGCGCGUCAACGAGCUGUGCGAGCGGUACGGCGUCGAGCUCUACGAAGCCGCGACCGACCACCUCCUCGAGCAGAACAAAACCGCCAUCAAAACCAUCAUCGACAGCAAGAUCGGCCCCGAGAAAUCGAGUUUCACCGACUUCAUCGACGACGACGGGCAAGGCGUCGGGCCCUACGCCAUCUCCUGCUCGAUGCAAAAAGAAGGCUCCAAGCUCGUCUUCGACUGGGACGGCACCUCUCCGCAAUCCAACACAUCCAUGAACUUCUACCUCAGCAAGACCAUGUUCAAGAUCUUCAUCGGCUACUACCUCCUCGCCAUCUACGACCCCCACGUCCUCGUCAACGACGGCUUCCACGACCUCCUCGACAUCCGCAUCCCGGAGGGCACUAUCCUGCGCCCCGUCCGCCCCGCCGCUGUCUCGUGCCGCACGCACCUGCUCGGCCGCGUCAUGGACGUCAUGCAGGCGCUGUUCGGCCAGCGCAACCCCGCGUACCGCUGCGCCGCCGGCUUCUCCGACAGCCCGCACCUAUUCUACUCGGGCUUCAAGCCCGACGGCGCGUUCUACCUGCUGUACCAGAUCGGGUUCGGGGGCGUGCCGGCGCGGCCGAUUGGCGACGGGCCGGACUGCCACUGCUUGUUCCCCGCGAUCAAGUCGAUUCCCGCGGAGAACAUCGAGUUGUAUUUCCCCGUCAUUAUCGAGGCGAACGAGGCGCUUGCAGACUCCGGUGGGGCGGGGUACUACCGCGGCGGGAACGCGCAGCGCACGCUGUACCGCUGGCUGUGCGAGGGCGAUCUGAGCAUCCACGAUGACCGGUGGCUGGUGAAGCCGUGGGGUGUGAACGGCGGGAUGCCCGGCAGCAGGUCCAAGAAGAUCAUCUACCGCAACAACAGCUACGGCACGCCUUCUCAAAACGAACACAUGGAGAUUGUCCAGAGCAAGAUGGACCAUCUGCACGUCUAUCCUGGCGACGUCCUCGAAUGGAUAACCUGGGGCGGCGGCGGCCUCGGCAACCCCCUUACCCGCCCACCCGCCCUCGUAGCGCAGGAAGUGCACCGCCGCCUCGUGACGCCCGCCGGCGCGCGCCGCAACUACGGCGUCGUCGUGCGGCCCGACUAUUCCGUCGACGAGCACGGCACCGCGGCGCUGCGCGCCUCCAUGGCGCGCGAACGUGCCGCUGGGACCACCAACGGCACCCAGGACGGCGCCAGCGGCGACACAGCACGAGAUGCCAGUGAUGAAGUGGGCGGUGCAGAAGCCAACGAGGAGGGUGACAGAGUCGGCUACAACCGCGGCGGCACCCUCUCCCAGCUCCUCGCCUCCUGCAAGCAGGACACGGGUCUCGCGCCGCCGCGCCCGCAGUGGGAGCGCGAUCCGUACGGGCCGCACACGGGGCUGCCGUAUGUGCAGGCGUGGUAUGCGCGGAUGCGGAAACAGGGUGUUGCGGGGUGGGAUCGCAUUUGAGUACCUAAGCUGGGAGCGGGAGCACUGUGUUCUGAUAGCGAUCGAAUACGCAUUGCUGUACCCAUGUGAGGCCUUGGCGUGAUGGCGCGCAGAGACGUGCGUU